UCCGAUCCUCCGGAUUCAACGGUUCGUUCCGAUCUUCCAGUUUGAAAAUGAUGGAGAGCGAGAUUAAAAAGUGUGUGAAGGAGCUGCUCGUUAUCUGUCCCCGCAAAGCAUUCUUCGAUCAUUGCUCGUGGGUUCAAAAGGAACCGCAGUUUUAUAAGGUGAUAAAAUCAACUGUUGAUUUUUUGGUGGCCGACAUGUGCGAAAGUGUGAUAAAGAUACCGCAAAAUUUGGUUAAAGUGGGCUUACUUUAUGAUAUCGUGUACAAUCAACUCCACACCGGCCAGUGGAAGGAGGUUGACCCAGCGAAAAGGGAACUAUUUACAAUCCUCUCCUUUCUAAGGAUUAUACACAUUUUGCUUGUUUCCAAAGACGAUCAGCAAUCAUUAAAAGAUGGAAUAUAUCUAGCUGAUUUGGGUUUGAUGUUGGGAUCGUCGGUAGCGUCCACCUCCACUAGCGCUGAUCUUCUUACCGAAUCGGCAUCGAUAUUGACGGCGAAUUUAUCUCAACUUCAUGCACAGGAACCACCUUUAAAACGCAUCAAAAUAGAGGAAUGUGAGGGAACAGCGGAAGGAUCGGGAAUCAGUUGCAACGUGCCAGUCCUGGAAUGCCCUUCUUUAGAUUACUUUAGCAAAAACUGUUACGAACCACAGCAACCGGCGCUGCUUAGAAAAAUAAUGAAUGACUGGCCAGCGAUGGACCGCUGGCACGAUCCUAAUUACCUGCUGAGAGUUGCCGGCGAACGAACCGUCCCGGUGGAAACAGGCUCACAGUACAGCAGCGACGAUUGGUCACAGAAGCUCAUGAAGUUCGGAGAGUUUCUCAUGCAAAGUGUUGCCACCGAUCGCAACCUAGCGACGGACCCGGUCUCUUAUCUGGCACAGCACGACCUGUUCGAUCAAAUACCUGCCCUUCGACGGGACAUCAUCGUACCGGAUUAUAUCGGAUGUACCGAUACUGCCCCACGCAUCCGAGCAUGGCUGGGGCCAAAGGGUACGGUUUCACCACUGCACACCGACCCCUGCCACAAUCUCCUCUGUCAGGUUUUUGGUAGUAAGACUAUCAUCCUCGCACGACCAGAAGAUACGGACAAGCUCUACCCCCACGAUCACUUCAUACUGAACAACACAUCUCGCGUCGAUGCUCGCCAACCGGACUACGAGCGGUUUCCGUUGCUGCGGGAGGUGCGAUUCUACCGGUUGACGUUGCGCCGAGGUGAGGUCCUGUACAUACCGCCAAAGUGGUGGCACUAUGUGGAAUCACUGUCACCGAGCUUCUCGGUUAGCUUUUGGUUUGAAUGAUUCAUGCUGAUUGCUGAUGGUGCCCUGAUGCGGCAGCUGAUGCCGCGACCGCAGCGGUUUCUGCUGCGUACCGUAAACGAGAACCGAAAUAAACACUUAUCAAAUCAAUCCCCGCUCAGUGACCCUCCAGAAUCCGUUCUCCACUCGGUUGCCCCAUCGUGUGCGAAUAUCAAGCGGACAAACAAACGAAGUGU